CGUUGUCGAUACAAUGACUUACAGCAGAAACAAUUUGAUUGAUGGUGAAGAUUCAGAAGGUCAACAGCCAUUAUACAAAGAUUCCCUGUAAGGCAUGUGACAGUCAACUUCAACCUCUCCCUUAUACUCAGUAUUUCUGAAUAUGCUUGAAUAUACUUGAGAACGAUUAACAAAAUGUCUGGUGCGCAUGUCAUUUCACAUGGUUGCUUUCGUCAGAGCCCGGCAUGACAUAGUGACAAGCGCAAGAAUUUCUUUGUUUGAAAAAUUGUGUCAUCUUAAUUUAUGAAAUAUUUGAUAGGCUAUAUUUUAAUACACUAUACUGAAAGUAAUAUUAGAGCAUCAUGAUCAUCAGUUACUACUUCAUCUGUGUAUUUGCAGUGCUGAUAAAUAAAGUGUCUCUGCAGGAAACAGUAGAGGGCUUUAUCGGCGGUUCUGUUGUCCUGCCGUGUUCUUCCUCUGAACGUGCUCUUAAACUUCAAGACAUUGAUGUGCAUUGGAGACACAAUGGCAGCAAGAUUGUGUAUGAUAUAGUCAAGGGUCAAGAUUCACUAGAGAGACAGGACCCACGGUACAAGAGUCGAGCUGAAACUUUCCCUGAUGAGCAUCUGAGAGGAAACUUCUCCAUCAAACUCCACAAUCUCACUCAUGAUGACGCAGGAAAAUACAUCUGCUUCAUCAAACACUCAUCUGAACAGAAGAUUGUACAGCUGAUCAUCAAGGAAUCAACAGCAGAAAAAGAAAACAAAUCAACCGACCAAGGAAACAAAGGAGAAGAAACAGGAGCAGAUGUGGAGACAUCAUCAACAUCGCUCUGGGUUUACAUUGUAUUACUUGUAUUAUUAGUGCUUAUUGCCGGUUUCUUCAUACUCUCAAAAAGAAUUAAAUCUGCCUUAAUACCUUCUGAAGAACAAAGAACAGAGACAGAAAUGACAAAUCAGGUCUAAAAGUUUCCAUUUUUACUUUCGCUAACUUUUUUUGACUGUUUUUUACAUUCAGUUCAAUUAUUACAACUUUCAUUAGUUCAUUAUGGUGUAAAAUACACUGUUUUGUGGUGAUAUAUUCUCACCUUAUGCACUGCAUUGUUGAGAUUCUGAAACAGUAAAAUAGGAAACAUUUUUGCUAAAGAACAAAUGAGUCUGUCAGCAUGUUGCUGCCUUAACAUUUCUGUACCUCAAGUGUUCUUUUAUCAUGUAGUGUUUGCCAGUAUGCAUUUUGUAUUCUUUGUGUAAUAUUUUGUUUGUUAAAUUUUCAUUUACUAAAUCUGAUUAAUUCCUGUAGUCACAUCAUUGAAAGUUUUAUUUCACUGUUCAUACAUUGUGUUCACAAGAUAAACCAGAUAAAACAUUGUGUUUCAGGGCUGUAAUAAUUAUAAUAUCUGUCCAUAAAACCACAGUCAGAGCUUCAUGAGAAUGUAAAAUUGUCAGUUUUCUCAAGUACUUUCGGAGAAGCAAAGAGUCUCAUGGUUCAUUGUGUGAUCUCUUUAUGUACAAGAUACAAUAAAUG